AUGCAUCGUUUUGUACAGCGGCGGUCGUUUUCUAUUGAGUCGGUGAGUAAAACGGCCAUCACGAUUGCAGGGCUGGGUCCCAAACCGGUUUCGUUUCGUCAUUUUUUUCUCCGAGACGGAUCUCAGUCGCCAGAAGCAGUGGACCCGAAUACCCGCCAAAAGACGUUCAACACCGGCAGUUUGAACGCAGACGUCCGUCCUAACUUUGCAGUUGUUGACAAUAACUCAUUGGUAGUUGACUGGUCUGAUGGACACCGCUCAGUGUACUCCAAAGAAUGGCUUGAACGCUAUAGCUCUGCCGAGGCCACCGUCGACUACCGACGCUUACAAGAAUGGAAGCCGCUUUCGGGUGAUUCCAAGGUGCAAAAGGUCGAGUACAAGGACUAUAUUAAAGGUCAUGGCGCCGGAUACAAAGAAGCUCUUGAGGCCUUGAACGAGUACGGUCUAUUGCAAAUUACCGGGAUUCCCCAUGGGGAGGGUACACCGCGCCCCACUGUAGAGAGCAUUGCUGCUGUUAUUGGAGAGUUUCCUCGUCAAACUUUCUACGGGACAUCAUGGAAUGUGAAGAGCGUUCAGCAGCCCCGAAAUGUCGCGUACACCUCUGUUUAUUUACCUCUGCAUAUGGACCUUCUGUACUACGAGUCUCCACCCGGGCUGCAGUUCCUGCAUGUGGUUGAAAACUCCACAACUGGCGGAGAGAGCAUUUUUGCCGACUCAUAUGCUGCUGCUAUUGAUGUCUCUGCAAACGACCCCGAAGCCUACCAGGCCAUAUGCGAAGUACCCUUGACGUACCACUACGAGAAUGAUGGAAGGCACUACUUCCAAAUGCGGCCGAUGAUUGUCGAAUCCAAGUACGGCAAAAUUGACAAAAAUACCGGCCGUCCGUUUAUUGAUCAUCUGAACUACUCCCCGCCUUUCCAGGGCCCUCUAGAUGCGGUUCGAGACAUUUCCGACGCUAAACUCGAUGCGUUCCUCAGAGGAUUGAAGCGCUUCGAGGCCUUUAUUGGGGACCCACGCAACCAGCUCGAGUUCCGUAUGAACCCAGGAACUUGCAUUGUGUUCCACAACCGCCGGGUGCUGCAUGCUCGUCGCGAAUUCGACGCCAGCUCUGGCUCGCGCUGGUUCAAAGGCACCUACGUCGAUAUCGAUGCAUUCUACUCCGCUCUACGAACAUUCACUAAAAAAAAGAACAAUUAG